CGCCUGCACACACGGGAAGCGAAGCGGGAGUUCGGCAUGGCGGAGGCGGACCUGGAGUCUGAGCCGAUCCGCCUGAAGUGUAUCCGUAAGGAAGGCUUCUUCACGGUGCCUCCGGAACACAGGCUGGGACGAUGCCGGAGCGUGAAGGAGUUUGAGAAGCUGAACCGCAUCGGGGAGGGCACCUAUGGCAUUGUGUAUCGGGCCCGGGACACCCAGACGGAUGAGAUUGUUGCACUGAAGAAAGUGCGGAUGGACAAGGAGAAGGAUGGCAUCCCCAUCAGCAGCCUGCGGGAAAUCACACUGCUCCUCCGCCUUCGCCAUCCCAACAUUGUGGAGCUAAAGGAGGUGGUUGUGGGGAGCCACCUGGAGAGCAUCUUCCUGGUGAUGGGUUACUGUGAGCAAGACCUGGCCAGCCUCCUGGAGAAUAUGCCGACACCCUUCUCUGAGGCCCAGGUCAAGUGCAUUGUGCUGCAGGUUCUCCGGGGCCUCCAGUACCUGCACAGGAACUUCAUCAUCCACAGGGACUUGAAGGUCUCCAACUUGCUCAUGACUGAUAAGGGCUAUGUGAAGACAGCGGAUUUUGGCCUGGCCCGGGCCUAUGGUGUCCCCGUAAAGCCUAUGACCCCCAAGGUGGUCACCCUCUGGUACCGAGCCCCCGAACUGCUGCUGGGAACCACUACCCAGACCACCAGCAUUGACAUGUGGGCCAUGGGCUGCAUCCUGGCCGAGCUGCUGGCCCACAAGCCUCUUCUCCCUGGCACUUCUGAGAUCCACCAGAUCGACCUGAUCGUACAGCUGCUGGGGACACCCAGUGAGAAUAUCUGGCCGGGCUUCUCCAAGCUGCCGCUGGUGGGCCAGUACAGUCUCAGGAAGCAGCCGUAUAACAACCUCAAGCACAAGUUCCCAUGGCUCUCAGAGGCCGGCCUGCGCCUGCUGAAUUUCCUCUUCAUGUAUGACCCUAAGAAAAGGGCAACAGCCAGGGACUGCCUGGAGAGCUCCUACUUCAAAGAGAAGCCCCUACCGUGCGAGCCAGAGCUCAUGCCCACAUUCCCCCACCACCGCAACAAGCGGGCCGCCCCCACUACAUCCGAGGGCCAGAGCAAGCGCAGCAAGCCCUGAGCCAACUCAGCCACAUCCUGCAGCCAGCGGUGGACAGAGAGGGCCCUGCAGGCAAGGCUGACCACAGUCCUGGCAUCCAGCUGACCCCACCCCCUUGUCUUCUCUGUGCCCACUGCUACCCCCAGGCACAGGCAGGGUGUGCACAUGGCGACACUGGCGUGGGGGCUCCCAGCCUGGGCACUGGGAGGGUCUGCGUUGUGGCAGCACCAUCUGGUGGCCGUAUGGGGUCUUGCCCGUUUCUCAUUGCAUCCACCGAGCUCCCGUCUGGUGGAAAUGGGGGGCUCAACUCUGGGUGUCCUGGAGCCAUGGCUGGGCGCUGGCCUGGGGCAAGCAGACCCCAGGAGACUGCUCGUGUUCCUUCUUGGUCACCAGGGACUGCCCAGGGCCCGGACAGACUGUGACGACCCCAGGCAGGGCCACAGGAGGACACUCCUGAGACCAGUGCAGCAAGAGCCCUGGGCCGCCUUCUGUUCUCUUGUGAGGCCCUGCAGGGAGGAUGCCAAGUGAGGGGGAGGUGGGCUUCUGUCCUUGAGUGUGACAAGUAAAGCUUUCCCAACAGA